GAAACCGAUACUGUCGCCCUCUCCAUUUCUUGACGACAUCGCGGGAAUUCUCCAUGGGCAGCUCCGACAAUGCUAAACCAACGUUUCACGUGGAAGCCGCCAAGAAGCGAGUUAAAGAACUCACAAAGGAAACCAUGGUGAGUGUUCCAGAAGGCACUGGCGGAUCCCUUGCCCUGUCGGACCAUCAAUUGGGCGACCCUUUCAGUGUCCAUGUGAGUCUUGCAGUCGAGUGGAACGCAUCGUUGUUGACAGUGUUGGACGUGUCGUUUAACAAGUUUGCGGACGGCCUCGCUCGGGCACUGGGGGACAUGACCACGCCCCACUUGCCUGUGCUGCAUACGGUCAACUUAUCCAGCAACAACUUUACUGAUGCCUCGAGCGACGCUCUAGUUCGAUUCCUCAACAAGGCGCCGGCACUCACACACGUGGACCUGUCGUUGAAUCACUUGGGCAUGAGCUGUGCCAAGCACCUGGCAGCCGCCUUGCCUCCACAGAGCCUCAAAGCAUUGGUGUCGUUGGAUCUGUCGUCCAACAAGCUGCUCGACGACGGCUGCGACCUGAUCUGUCACGCUCUGACCAGUCGAAAGAACGCGCUGCAAUCCCUUACCCUGUCCAUGAAUCUGCUCACAGACGCCGCCGGGAUCGGCCUCGCGAACAUGGUGGCAGCGUCGUCCAUUCGUCAACUGGUCGUGUCUGGCAACCUCAUUGGCGACUACGGGGCCAGCGCGAUUGCGUUUGCCAUGGACCGCAGCACCCAUCUAGACGCGCUGUAUCUCGACGGCAAUGCGAUUGGGCCCCCGGGGGUGUUUGCCUUUCUCAACAUUCUGCGAUCCAAUCCCGGCAAAUCGUACCGAGUACUUUGCCUCGACGACAACCCCACGGACCAAGCCUUGAUUGACCAAGUCUCGCAAACGCGUCUCAGCCACAUGCUGCACGCUUGCCAUCCAAGUUGUCCCGUGAGUGGCAGCUUAGACCUACAUGGCCCCCAUCUCUUCCAACAGCUUGAUGCGUACAUUGACGACGCAUUGUGUAAAACCACUGUGCGCCUUCUCCGGUCGUUUCCCCAGUUACUGGACGUAAAUUUGAGCGACAAUGUCAUUGCAGACUCUGGGGCGUUGGCCAUUGGAUUUUACUUGGCGCUCAAUCCGACGCUCACACGGCUCAACUUGUCGGGGAAUCGAAUCACAGAUGUGGGGGCAUUUGGUCUGGCCAAAGGACUGCUGGUCAACAGUUCGCUGACGGAAUUACACGUGGGCAGCAACCGCCUUGGCGACGCUGGGGUGUCUAGCAUCUACGCGACGUCCUUUGACAACAAAAAGUCGGUAUUGGCCACCAUUCACGUCAAAGGCAAUCUCCAUUCAUCCGAAGGGGACACGAUUGUGCACGCGAUUGUCCAAUCCAAAGCCCUCGCCACCCAGUUACGAGAGGCCACGCCGGUCGUGUUGGAUCUGUCAGACUUGGGACUCCGGCGAUUCGGCGCCGACGUGUUGGCCGAGCAUUUCCAAGGCGAUGGCUGCGACGAUGCAUUACCGACUUCAACAUCUACUACUACCAGUAAUACUAAUGCAUGCGAAGUGCUGAAUCUGUGCCGAAACGGCCUUGGAGACGACGGCGCCCGAAGCAUCGCGUCGCUCUUCCUGUCCAAUGCGACCAUCACCAAACUCGACCUCAGCUGCAAUGGCAUUGGAGACGUUGGCGCGACGGCGCUGGCCGCCAUGCUCCGCGUGAACAAGUCCCUUCGCGCCGUCAACCUCCGCGCCGCGUACGGUGCAUCGUCGGCGUCGUCGUGCGUCAUCUCUGAGGUGGGUAUGUUGGAGCUGAGUGCUGCCAUGCAAGUCAACACUGGCAUCCAAGUGCUCGACUUGCGGGACCAUUGCGCCAACCCUCGCGUGGUGACGUCGUGGGUGCACAUGCUCCAGCACAACACGGGGCUGCUCAAGUUCAACGGAGGCACCCCCGCUGCAUUUCUCGCUCGACACGACCAUCGACGGGAUUGACAAGCAACGCCUCAGAAAUUUCCCCGCAAGUUGGCUGGGCAUGGUUCUUCGUGUUUUGUCCCGCACCAUGGAGAGGACGUUCGAAGUGAUGAUCAACAUGUUCGCUUUGUUCCGUGUGAAUAAUAAUAUGCGAUAGAGUGAGUCAAAACUAUCAACCAG